AUGAGUGAAAUAAAAGCCAUUAUAAAUCUUACUGUAUUUGCAGGAAUUGCAAAACCAAAUCCAAAAAUGGGUUAAUCAUUGGGUCCUUUAGGCAUAAAUAUGAUGUUUUUUUGUAAAGACUUUAAUGCUGCGACUGCUCACAUAAGAUCUGAUAUUCCCCUAAGAGUAUAAUUAGCAGCAUAUGUAGAUAGAAGUUAUAAUUAUAUAAUAAAGCCGCCACCAACAUCUUGGUUAAUUAAAAAGAUAUUGAACAAAGAUAAACUUACAUAAUACACAGGACAUCUUACUACAGAUGAAGUAGAUGUUAGAUAUGUAUAUGAAAUUGCAAAAAUAAAGAAAGAAAUGGAUUUCGAUUUCCGUAAUACUUCAUUAGAAAAUAUUUGCAAAAAAUAUGUUUGCUAAUUUCUUAAAAAACAUAAAAAUACUCCAUAAAAAAUUUAAGUUUUCCCUUGCCCAAAUAACGAAAAAAACGGAGGAGAAGAUUUUAAUUUUACUGACAAGAAUUUAAUUGCAAUAGCAGAUGGUGUAGGUAAAUGGGCAGAAAAAGGAAUAGAUCCUGCUGAAUAUAGUAGAGAAUUAAUAAAAAAUGUUUAAAAGUUCUAUUCAUAAAAUAUUCUAAAAUAUAUUUAAAAUCCUAAAAUUUUAUUAAUUCAUGCAGCAAAAGAAACUAAUGUAGUAGGUUCAAGUACUCUAUUGAUAUUAGCAUUAGAUAAAUAAACUAAUGUUUUAAAAAGUACAUAUAUAGGUGAUACUGGGUAUCUUAUUUUUAGAUUAGAUGAAAAUAAUAUCCCUAAAUUAAUAUAUUAAUUUAAGGAAUAAUAAAAGUCUUUUGAUUUUCCUUAUUAACUUGGAGGAUAAGGAUAUGGGGAUUUACCUAAAGAAGCUGUUGAAUAAGAACAUAAAAUAAUGCAUAAUGAUAUUAUUGUAGCUGGUACUGAUGGGUUAUUUGAUAAUGUAUAUGUAAGAAAUAUUUAAAAUGAAAUUUCUUAAUACUUAUUAUCUGAAAAAAACUUAGAUGUUUAAUCUUAUGCAAGUUAAUUGGGUAAGGAAGCUAAAAAAUUAUCUUUAACAUGGCUUUAUGAAUCCCCUUUUGCUAUUAAAGCUAAAUUAGCUAAUUAGAUAUAUAUGGGAGGUAAACUCGAUGAUAUAACUGUGAUUGUUGCUUAAGUUAAAUUACACAAUAAUAAAUGA